UCCCCGAUCAUCAUCUUCUUCUUCCCUCACGAUGGCGACUCCAAGAUCACCGGCGACAGAUUUCUUCGGAAUAUCAAAAACAGCAUGCAAAGCAUACAAGUCCCUCGUCACCAAAUUGCAUCCCCUCUCUUCUCAUCGCAAAUCCGACUCCAACGCCGAUUCCGCAAUCCAUCUGGAGGAGAAAUUCGCGGAGGAUGAUGACCUGACCGCUGCUAGAAAAGGUCUACGGUUACAGAGCAUGGACGAUAGCUCCGUCUUCAAACGCCGUUCUUCUUCUCUGCGAUCAAACUCCAGUAGCCGUCGCAGCCACACGCCGCAAGCUCGUCCCACGUACCUCUCAUCCUCCUCCUCCUCCUCUUCAAACCGCCGGUCUUUUUUCUCCAGAAGCACCAGCCGCGGUCACAAAUCGCGCCCCGUCUCGAACGACGCGAGCCCCAUGACGUCGUCACCGAGCCCGACAGGGAAAGAUCAAACGUUAGCUGAUUUGUUCGGCGACGUGGAAGGACUCACGUCUCCUCCUCCUCGUAUGAUUACGAAGAGCCGUAGCAAGAGAGAUAAAGAGAACAGCGGCUCGUCGGCCACGUCUGUGGCGUUUAGGAAGAGCAAGAGCACGAGGGAUACGGUUGGAUCGAUGGGGAGGAGCUCCACGCCUAUUGUUUUCUCGCAGUCGACGCCGCCGAAAAAGCCGCCGGCUGUGGAGAAAAUGCUCGAGUGUACGUUGGAAGAACUCUGCCAUGGGGGAGUCAAGAACAUCAAGAUCACUAGAGACAUCAUCACCGAUGAAGGAUUGAUUAUGAAACAAGAAGAGACGUUAAGAGUGAACAUCAAACCAGGAUGGAAGAAAGGGACCAAGAUCACAUUCGAAGGAGUAGGGAACGAGAAACCUGGCUACCUCCCGGAAGACAUCACAUUUGUGGUUGAAGAAAAGAGACACUCUCUGUUCAAAAGCCGUGGAGAUGACUUAGAGAUUGCGGUAGAGAUACCUCUCCUAAAGGCUUUAACGGGGUGUAAUCUCUCUGUGCCGUUAUUGAGUGGUGAGUCAAUGUCAAUAUCUGUAGGAGAAGUGAUCUUUCAUGGAUUCGAGAAGGCGAUCAAAGGUCAAGGUUUGCCGAAUGGUAAAGAAGAUGGUAAACGUGGAGAUUUGAUAAUAACGUUUUUAGUGAGUUUCCCUAAAGAGUUGAGCGAGGAACAUAGAUCAAUGGCCUAUGAGGUUUUGAAAGAUUGUUCCUGGGCGUAA